AUGCCGCCACGCCAGCCCCAUGGUUCCGACGUCGUACCCUCUCUCGAAAUCGAGCCUGUUGACUCGAAGCUCUGUCUGGCAUGUAUGCCAGAUAUAGUUGUCAUCAAGAACGGUUGUUGGGAUAGGCACACGAAAAGGCAUCGGUUAGAUGCCCAGAGGAACUGCUCGGUACCAGGUUGUGGGUAUAUGUCCGUCCGUCUGGAAAUUCUCGAGAAUCAUUUACGCUCGAAACAUGGCGCGCCAAUGCUUGAAUGUCCUGUCCCAAUCAUGCACGAUUAUUCUGGUCGCCCCAUCCGUUGCGAUUUCUCAACCGCAACAAUGCAGACCCUGCGGAGCCACAUGACGCACGAACACGGUGUUGCGCUGUCCUCAUAUUGUACGCUGGAGCCACCGAGGCACCUUAAUGGGACCCGGCGGCUCAUAGAUAUACAUAGGCCCCAGGAAUUCAGGCCGAAAAGUUGGAGAAGCGUGUAUCCCGGGUCAUCAAGGCAGGCGCUGCACCCCACGAAGGUGCUGCAGAUUAAGCAGGAGGAUGACGAGCCUGUGUCGGUCUCAGUAGGAGCUGCCCCGCCGCCGUCUACGAGCUUUGUCUUUGAGUAUCCCAGGCAGGUAUCGAAGAGCCCUAUGAUUCCAGCUAAGACCACAAGGUACCAAUCGUCGUGCAAGUCGUAUGAGACAACAGGAUCCGCGUUGCACGCCAUGCUUUGUACGCACAAACUUCACCGUAUCUCACCCGAGCCCGAGCUGUGCGAGGUGGCGGCUCUCGCGCCAUAUCCAAUGCCCUCCAAAAAGGCACUCGCGAGUAACGUGUACAACCUCCCGUCUGUGCCAUACGCCACGGCGCCAUCCGCGCCUCUUCCCAGCUCAUUUACCGCUCGGUAUCUGCCACCUCUCGCACGCACACGAGGGGAUCCUCAAGAGGUGCUCAAGCCACUGCCAGCCCGCCCUCACAGGUACAUCUACACAGACUAUGACUAG